CGCAUCUCCUCGAAUCACAACUCACAGUCUCCGUCCCGCGCAUCGCCCUGUCGGAAUCGCUUCCCCAGCCGCGGCCAUCGCUUGACUGGCCUCUGUCAUGCAGGAUGGCCUUGGAGUAGUGCCGCCUCUGGCAGCGACACAGCAGGCCGCCGAUUUCGACCCGACGACGACGACGAAUGCCUGGUAUAACCUGACGGCCCUCGCCCGAGCUGUCAACGUGACGCGGUACGCGCCUCUGUUCGAAGACGUCGUCAUGGCUGGUCCGCGCAUCGUCAUGAAGCUCGGCUCCUUCAUGACGGCACCCAACUCCCUCGCCCUCUCGGCCCAGGACGUCGUGGCUUCUGCGACCGAGUCCGACGCCGAGAUGCUCCGCCCUCUCACCACCGACUCGAGCCUCUACAGCAACAUCAUGAACGUCGCCUCGGCCCCCAGCUCCCAGGUCGGCGGCUCAUCCGCCCAGGCUCCCUUCCUUUCUCUGGACGGAGUUCGGGGUCUGGGCAGCGUCUUCGGCUAUGCCACCAGCAAAUGGGCGCUCUCGUGCCUUGCCAUGGCCGUCAUCCUCAACCGAACCCACAUCUUUGCGGCCACACGGCGGAGGCUGCGGCUUCGCUGGCAAGUUAGACUCGUGCUGCGAAUCGUCCCCGUUGUCCUGCUGGUCUUGCAGGCCAGAACCGUCCUUCAGUCUAUCCAGUGCCAGACGUCGCCGGACUUUGCGCUGCUGCGCUGGGGCGAUGCCAACAAGAGCUCUGAUCUCAUGUUCUCGCACUCGAAUACGUUCCUCAACACCAUCAGCUCGACGCUGCUCUUCGGCGCCACGGAUGAGCAGUCCUGCGUUGCUGCGCAGAUGGUGCCGUCACCGGACCCCGACGCUCCCCGAGAGCUGCGCGGCUCCCUCUCUCGGCUGUGGCCCCAGUUCGGCACGUACUGCCUCAGCCAGUUCCUCGAGACCAUCUCCUGCGCGGUCCAAGGGCGUUCCGUGGCUGCCGAGACAGGCAUGACGCUGUUUGAACAGUCCCUUGCCUUCGCCGAGGCUGAUGCAGCCGUUAACAGCCAGCUCGGAUGGGGCGCUUUCUCUAAGUACCAAAGCCCGAUUCCGGCAUCACUCAGCCAAGGAGGCACUGUUGUCAUGACACGCGCGGCAAUUCUUCGACGUGUCAAUACGUCGCCCGAAGUCCUGUGGAUCGCCUUUCUAUCGUCCAUGACACACAUCACGAGCCAUGUCUUGGGCAUCUUCGAUCUCCAAGCCAAGUAUCGGCUUGCGAGCACGGCAUUCUGGGGCCUCUGCUACAUGGGCAGUCUUGUAUGGAGUUUCAUAACCUUUGAGGCCGAGAACCCUGCCACUCAAGGUUUCUUCAGAUUCCCUACAGUCUGCAUCAUUGGCUUUAUCCCUCACGUCUUGAUCCUCAUUGGCAUCAUCAUGUGUCUGUUCGUGUACGGUCUCGCCUUGCUGCUCACGGCCGUGAUGCCGCCUGCGAGCCAGGAGAACUCGGGCAUGACUUUUCGCCAACGCCUGUUCCGCGCGCAUGAGAAUAUGCAGGCCAAUGUCUCCUUGUCAGAACUUCGAAUCACGCGAGAAAUGGAUUUUUACACUGCCUUACUGAGAACGGGAUUCGCCGCUAUUACCAUGGCCAGCGAGGCCGUGUAUCUGAAUGAAGACCGCGGCGUCAGUAUGAAACGCCAGACGUGGCUUGAAGAAGCCCGUUAUCGAGAGGCAGAGGAGUUGCGGAGGCACUGGAUCAGCAUGGGCCUUUCCGAUCCCCGUUACGACCAGAUAGGCACAGUUGGUCUGAUUCCUGUCAAGGACGGGCCACUCUUGCCCCCUAAUGGCUACAGCCGAGAGCGUGCUGCGCAAAAGGUCCCCCGCGGUCGUGGCGAUAAAGUCAUUCGAGUGGGCAUUGGCGCUUCCGAGAGGAGUUCGCGAUGGGUCCUGGCUGUUGAAUUCCUCAUUGCCAUCAAUAAGCUGCUGGGAAGGGUGUUUGCCUUGUCUGUUCUGUGGCUCCUCAGUGUCCUUCGCAUCCAAGCUCGCCCUGCAUGGCUGCUGUGGCUUGCGAGCCGCACCAAGGGGAAUGGAAGCGACGAAGCGUCAGCGCAAAAGAGCCGCUCCGGCGGUAGCAGGGAUGCGACAACCAAGCCCACGGAUGGAGACGCCUCCCUUAGGAUGGAUGCUCUCGACAUUGAGGCCGAGUUUAGACGAGUCGAUACAAGCCAAGAUGAAGAAACCCUCGAUGGCGAUUUGUACAAGUACUGGCUCAAGGGAGGUUGGUGGGGUUCCAACGACAUGAGCGGCACGUAUCAGCCAAGCCAGGACGACGAGGACUGGGACAAUACGAGCGUCAUCACCAUGACCACCAACGGGGGCGACACGGAAGACGAAGGCGGCGGCGGCUACUCAUCGGAGGAGGGCAGCGGACAGAGAACACCCACCCAGCGCUCACCGCAGCCGUCGCGCGAGAGCACCCCGUUCCUUGAUAGUCCACUGGCCAUGAGCGAUCUUGCUCGUCUCCUGCACCCUACCAAUCCGGCUUCAGACGCAUGGAGCAGCUGCAACGAACUCGGAUCCUGACGGUGCAGAGCCCCAAGGCAAAGCAGCCGAAGAAGCUCGGCCCCCAAGGCCGCCUGACGAAGCUCAGCCCGGAGGAGGAAGAGCAUCUGCUCGAGCAGCUCAUCUGGACGAAGCGCCAAGGCACCCCGACCAACGACGACGACCAGCGAGACAUCCGCGGGAGCGAGAGCCCGUCGUACCCGGCCGAGG